UCCCCGUGGGAAGGAGCCUCCUCCAGGCGGCCACCCCCCUACCUGCACGGACGUCGGGGGCGGGGAGCUGGGGGCGGGACUGUGGGCCUCUCGGGUCACCUGCGGCCCUGGAGCAGCGCGGCGGCGGCGGGCACGCGCUCGGCCAGCUCAGCGCCUUUGCAGGGCAGGACUCGAACCGGCGUCCGGAAAGGUGCAGAAGACACGAUCUUCAAAGUUAAUCAUGAAAACGUUUAUCGUUGGAAUCAGUGGUGUGACAAAUGGUGGCAAGACAACACUGGCUAAGAACUUGCAGAAACACCUGCCAAACUGCAGCAUCAUAUCUCAAGAUGACUUCUUCAAGCCAGAAUCUGAGAUAGAGACAGAUAAAAAUGGUUUUUUGCAGUAUGAUGUACUCGAAGCGCUUGAUAUGGACAAAAUGAUGUCAGCCAUCUCCUGCUGGAUGACAGGCUCAGCACACACAGAGGGACCAAUGGUCCAGGAAAGGGCUGAAGAAAAUGCCAUCUUAAUCAUCGAGGGUUUCCUGAUCUUUAAUUAUAAGCCGUUCGACACCAUAUGGAAUAGAAGCUAUUUUCUGACCGUUCCGUAUGAAGAAUGCAAGAGGAGGAGGAGUACAAGAGUGUACGACCCUCCAGAUGUCCCAGGGUACUUUGAUGGCCACGUGUGGCCCAUGUACCUGAAACACAGAGGGGAAAUGGAGGCCAUCACGUGGGAAAUUGUUUACUUAGAUGGAACAAAAUCUGAAGAGGACCUUUUUUCCCAAGUAUAUGAAGAUCUAAUGAAAGAACUGGCAAUGCAGAAAGCCACAGGAAUCUAGCAAAGCUGGCCACAGGAUCCUCAGCCCUCAGCAGAGCCUGAUUUAACCCUGGACCAAGUUAGCUCCAGUGGCCUUUCCAGGGUUUCAAGUGCUGACUCUUCAGAUUUCUGGCAUCUCAUAGAGCAGCUUGGCUUACAGGCUAACUUUUCAUCCCAAAUACAUCACAUUGGUUUAGGAGUAUGGCUCAAGUGGUAAAGCUCCUGCCUAGCAAGAACAAUGGCCCUGAGUUCAAACCCUAACACCACCAAAAAAAAUUGAAAAAAAUAACACAUCAAUAAUCAUAAUUAGUAUUAUAAAAAUACAUAACUAUAUUGUCAUCAUGAUUAUAAAGUAAUAAUAGUGAAAGUGAAAUAAGGAAGGUCAAAUUCAAUUAUUAACAAAACAAUAAUCCAGAAGUAAAAGGCUACGGAGCUGCACAUUGAAUUCAGUCCUAAUUUCAAUCUAAAGUUUAAGGCAAAAUGUAAUCAUAACCUAUUCUCAAAAUAACAAAGCAGUCUAGCCAGUAGGAAGGCUCCUUUUAAAAUGGUUCGUUUUCAUCCCAUUACAAAAUGACUAGUUAUAGAAGUUCUCAUAUAAAUGCGAAAAAGAGGAAAUAAUCACCUGAGUCCUCAUCAGUAACAUUUGGUAAGAUCAGUGGCUAAUCGGCCAUGCUUAUUUCUAUUUUAAAUUAGUAUUUAAUAUUUGUGCAGCCUUACAGAAUUUAUUAUAUAAUGAAACUGCAGUGUCACUUCCAUUAGAAGGUUCGAGGCUGUCUUGUACACAGAAGUGAAAUCUAAGACUUGACAUUGAUAUUGUAAUGUGCAAGAAAGGUGUCACUUAUCAAGUAUGAAAUCAAAAAAGAAGAAAAGGUAAAAUAAAAAUUGAAUGAUCAACUGUUUAUAGUUUUCUCUAUUAGUACUUUUUGCAUUGAACUUUAAAUAUUUUUAGUUUACUCAAGUACCAUAAUAGUCAUUUUCGCAUAAGAUUUUUUUAACUAGUUCCCAAUCGUUGAAUAUUUAGUGUCGUUACAAGUAUCUUCCAUUGACAAAUACCUUUAGUAAAGAUGAGCUCAAACCAGUAUCACCAAAAUAAAUUUUAAUGAUUAUUUCUUUUUCUGUUUAUUCUUAAGGUUUACAAGAAACAGCAUGAAAAUGAAUGUAAUCAAUCCUUUCUGGGGUGAAUUAAAAACUCAAAGGACUAUAUUUCUGAACCUUAAUCAAGAUACAGUCUGUACUAUGGUACAGUGACAGCUGGUGUGUGUGUGUGUGUGUGUGUGUGUGUGUGUGUUCCUGCACACGCUUACUCACACAUAGGUUUUCCAGCAUGUUGAACAGCAAGCAUCUAUCCCAAUGGAUAGACAGAGCAGAGCUCAGGAAUGCUGAGUCAAUGCCCUGUACCAGUGAUUGUCAAAGUUUUGUGACUGCAAUCUAGAAAAGAAAUAAGUAUAUUUCACAAUCCAGCACAGAUGUAAGCCAUGUGUGUGUUUAUGUGUAUGUGUGUAUAGUUGUAUACCCAGGUGUGUACAACAUAUGUGUAUGUAUACACACACAUCAGGAACUGCAAGACAUUAAUUAUAUAUUACGUACUGAUUUUCUUCUAGUUUUAAUUUUUUUUAAUUAAUUAGUACCUCUCACCAAAUGCAGUAAUCGCAUUGCCAGGAAUAGUAGUCACACUGACUAAAUCAACAAUUCACUAUAGUACAUGUAGUUUUUGUUUUGUUAUGGUAGAGUAAUUGUUUCUUUUGUCCAUUGUAUCUCUUAUGUUGAGACUUUGCUACA